GCCGGGCCGGGCUUGAGUGGCAAGUUGUUUGUUCCAGCGAGCACCAGCUGCUCGGCACUCCGGGCUCCGCUGCUCCGCUCCGCGCCCCGCCGGCCUCCCCGCCGCUCCAACUUUUGCACCCUCUGCUCCCUCAUCCCCUGCUCCUGCCCCCGGAGCUGGGAAGGGACAGACGGAAGCGGGGAGGGGAAAAAGAAAAAGAAAAAAAAAAAAAAAAGAGAAGGCACCGACAAUAACAGCCCCCCCUCCCCCUCCCCAUUCAAAAACACAACAUAAACCCCCGGGAUAGAUGAACUACAAAUGAGAAAGAGGAAAAGAUGGAACUGCACAUCCUAGAGCACAGGCUCAGAGUGGCCAGCAUAGCCAAGGAGAGCAUCCAGUUGUUUACCUAUGGAUUAAUCAAACUUGCUUUCCUGUCCUCUAAGACGAGGUGCAAGUUCUUCAGCCUCACAGAAACCCCUGAGGACUACACCAUCAUUGUGGAUGAAGAGGGCUUCCUAGAGCUUCCUUCCUCGGAGCACUUGAGCGUGGCCGAUGCAACAUGGCUUGCCCUCAACGUGGUGUCUGGUGGAGGUGGCUUCUCCAGCUCCCAGCCCAUCGGAGUGACCAAAAUUGCCAAGUCAGUCAUAGCACCCCUAGCUGACCAAAACAUCUCAGUGUUUAUGCUCUCCACCUAUCAGACGGACUUCAUCCUGGUGCGUGAGCGAGACCUGCCCUUCGUGAUGCACACGCUGGCUGCCGAGUUCACCAUCCUCAGAGUAGUGAAUGGGGAGACAGUGGCUGCUGAUGACUUUGGGGUAACGAAUGGAUUUGUCAAACCAAAACUAGUUCAGAGGCCUGUCAUUCAUCCUCUUUCCAGCCCAAGUAAUAUGUUCUGUGUCACCAGCCUGGAUCCAGAUACCCUUCCCACUGUUGCUACACUCCUGAUGGAUGUCAUGUUUUACUCCAAUGGAGUAAAAGACUCAGUGGUGGGCAACGAAGACUCGGGACAUAUUCGCUUUUUCUCCUUUUCUCUCAUUGAGGGUUACAUCUCCCUGGUCAUGGAUGUCCAGACACAGCAGAGAUUUCCUAAUAAUUUGUUGUUUACAAGUGCAUCUGGUGAGCUCUGGAAGAUGGUGAGGAUUGGUGGGCAGCCUCUUGGCUUUGAUGAAUGUGGAAUUGUCGCUCAGAUUUCUGAGCCUUUGGCCGCAGCCGACAUCCCAGCCUACUACAUCAGUACUUUUAAGUUUGAUCACGCCUUGGUACCUGAAGAAAAUAUAAAUGGUGUGGUCAAUGCACUCCAAGUCAGUCAAGCUGAAAAGCAUUAGAAAUCUUCUGAGCUGGUUCCAGAUGCUUUUUAUUAUUCUAAUAAUAAUAAUUAUUAUUAUUAUUAUUCUUUUUUUCUCACAGUAUUUCUUGAAAAAUCUGAUUACAGAGAGUGACAUGAAAAGAGACUGUGGAAAGUUGAGCAGAAACAGCUCCAAUAAGCCUUUGUUUUAAUUAUUAUUAUUAUUAUUGUUAUUAUUAUUAUUAUUAUUAUUAUUGUUAUUUUAUUAAAUUUAUGAAUGAGGGGCAGGAGGAAAGGGAGUUUGUAUGGUUUCCUGAUGUUCAGCUCCAAGGUGAAGUGAACCCUGGCUGUGCUCAGUGUGGAAGGAGCUGCCUGGGGACACCCAGGGACACCCAGAACGGAUGGCCCUGGGCACACUGUGAGAGCAGUGGGAUGGGCCAAGAGCAGAUGGACAGAGUGCUGCCUCAGAGAGCCCUGAAAAGCAGAAACAAAGUGAAAUAUGGAAUUAAACAGAAAAGACGUGGCAGAGUACUGGCUUGUCUCCUUGCAUCAGACUUCUGAGGGCUGUCCAUCACUGAGAUAGGAUGCAAAGGGUUCUGUUUCCCCUGACAGAUCAGUGUGGUGUUGAAAAAGAGGAAAAUAUCCAAUUGUUUGACAUUUCCCCUUUUUCUUUCUCCCUGCAGUCCAAGCCUGGCUGCUCUGAAAAGCCUGGGCAGGGGGAGCCCAGCUCUGGCAGGUGGCAUCACCCAGACUUGUGUCUGCAUUCAAACUUGGCUGCUUUGGGUCAGUUUUUUCCAGUCACUCCCUCACUGCUCUGAGUAUUCCCCAGCCCUUGUUCCUCAGGGCCAGCAAGAGGAAGGCCUCUUUACUCCUGUCCCCUUUUUCCCAUCCAGUGUGCACUCACAGGGAAAUAAAGGAUUGCCCAGGGUCCCUGGGUAGCUGCUCUUGCACAUCCAGGCCACCUUGGCCAAGAGCCACUGCUGGCUGCCUCUGCCAGGGCCAGGAGGGUGCCUGGGUCUUGUGGGGACCCUCCUGCAGUUUUUCAUCCCACAGUGGAAAUUGCUGCUGACUGGGGAAGGUAGAGUGGUGCUGAAAAUGCCUCAAAGCUGCUGGCAGCUGGUCUUGCACAGAAGAUGAUGGGGAAGCAGUAGUGUGUUUUCUUCUGGCUUGUACCAUGGGGGAGGGCCAGCAGGAGCCUGGCACCAUGGCCCACAGUGGCACCUGUGUCCUGGUUGUGCCCUGGCCACUGCCAGCCCUGUGGAGGACAGCAGAGAGCAGUGCUGGGAGAGAAGUGUUACCCAAGGUGUGGGUGCCAGCACUCUGCCCCACUGUGGCCAUGCACCAAGGGCUGGUGAGAGGAGAAGCUGUCUGCAGAGGACCUUGCUGCUGUGAUUACCAGCCCCAGCUUAUCUUGCAUUUCUUACCUUCUUCCACCUCAGGCUUGACAUAAAGAAUUUGCAGAUCUUGCUGUUUUCCUGAGGGCUUUCCAGCCAUGCUUCAGAGACAGCCUCUGGCAGGAUUUCCCUGAGGCUGUGCCAUAUCCAGCUGUGAGCCAGGGUUUUGCACUAAUCUGGAGGCAGUGAGCAAAGCUAACACCUGGGAUCAUGCCAUGGGCAUGGUUUUACUGGUGUGUAGGACAAGCAAACACACAGACACAGCUGGUGAUUAGUUCUGCAUUCACAGUACUGUUGGGCCAAGCAGUUAUGCUUUCUGGGGCUGCUGGAUUCAAACUCUGAGUUUCAAAUCUGAUUUUUCACCAGUGGGAUGUUAUGUGCCAUCUAGACAAGGAGUCAGAGCACCCAUUGGAAAAAGCAUGGCUGACUUUCCUUGGUUGGCCCUACUGGAGCUGGAGCAUCCCUGCUGAGGGGCACUGAGGCACACACUCAGUGCUUUACCAAAAGGAUGUCCAGCUGUUCCUUUGCACUGGUUUUCAGAAUUGUCCCGUGAUAUGUUUAUAUUCACUCCAGAUUUCUGGACUAAAGGUUUAUUCUAGAUGUGACACUGUGCAUCUCUGGAUGUUUGUUUGGAAAGAUGCUUUGGUCUCCUGCCACAAGGACACAGGCACAGGCUGUCAGUGCAGUGCUGGGGGCAUCUGGAGAUGUUUGCUGUGGCUCUGCCCAGUGCUGUGGGCACUGAGCUGGGCUGGAGUGGGCAGCAAGGCCAGUGGUGCCUUCUCACCCCAGAUGUUGUCAGAGGGUUUCUCCUUGGGAUGGCAGAUUGGCAGCCUGGCUGGAGGGAGGGAGGGGAUGCUGAGUUGCCAACCAAGGUUUCUGCUCAGCUGAGUUGAGCCUGAGCUUUUGCUGUGUGCAGGGAUGGUGCCACCCUGCCAGAGUCAUCAGGACAGGUCUUCCUUCUGCUCUGGGGUUUUGUCAGCCUUUGGGAAAUGCCACUUUUGGCAUCAGAGAGUCCUGAGUGUGGCUGUGCCUGUGCCAGUGCUGCUUCCAAAGGACUUCAGCAUGGAUAGGAAGGAAUUAACUUGAAACAAGCAACAACUUUACUAAGCCUUAAAUGAAAGGAAAAAAAAAAAAGAGUUUAAUUUUCUAACAUUGCACUCAGGCUAUUUUAGAGGCUGAAAUUUAAUUUUUUUUUCCCAAGGGAAUCGGCUUUAUAUUUGUGAAAUCUGUAGAAAGCUCUGUGGUAUUUCAAACCUUCCAAAGGAAUGUUGAUGUUCCACCAUGGGGAAGUUGGCCUGAAAAAUUCACAGGAUGUAAAAUGCCAUUGAGGAACUCUGAUGCUGCCACCAUCCUUGGCUUCACCUUCCUAUUUCCUUUUAUUGUUUUGUCCUGACAUCCAAGAAAAUUGUUUCAGAUAACUUGAUGUUUUCCCUUUAGUAUCCCUUUCAUAAUUUUUCUGGUGGGAACUGAGAUACUCCAGAUGUGGCCAUCAUUGAUGGAACCUGUCCCUGCACCAGCCUGAAGCCAGGAUCAAGCCAGUGCAAGCUUGCACAGCAGUGCUGCAUGUGAGACCUGCACUGCAGGAAGGGCUCUGUGGGGGCUUUGUGAAAUAUUUUCAUAGUAAUAAUAAUCCCACCAACACUAUUGACACCCCAGUGCUUAGUGAACCCAAAAUAUGGGAGCUCUUAGCUCUUAAAGCUGCUCCACAGCUCCCACUCUCUCAGCACCCAGCCUUUGGGGUGGGGAAGAAGCUGAAGAGUCUUUUCCUUUUUUUGCAGGAAGAGUCUUUUCUUUUUUUUCCUAAUGAUAAUACAUCUGAGUAUCCCUGACAUUUUGCUGUUCAGUACUGUGGGGAUAAAGGAGGAACAUGGCUCAGUGGGGCAGCCUUGGGCUGGCUGCCUGGAUUACCUGCAGCUGCCAGGGUUGCCCUCAGCAUCCCUGCUCACUCUCUGGGCAGUUCCACCUGGCCAUGGCUGCUGUAAUGAGGCAUUGCCUCAAUGCUGCAGGGCCCUUCCUGUGCCCUCCCUCCUCUCCUUGCACAAAAAUUCACCAGACAGCAAAAGGCAGAAGUGUUUCCAGCCCUGCAGGAAGGGGUAGGCAGGGGAGGAGAGCAUGGCCCUCAUGCAUCCUCUUUCUUCCUCCAAGGCCUUUCUUUUCUUAGAAGCCUCAACCUUUCCAAGUUGUGUUAUUAAACAGGGUUUUGUCUUUCUCCCUCAGCCCAGUUAGAAUUUGACUACAAAUUCCUUUCUACUAAGCAAGUGUGCAUAUAUAUAUAUAUAUAUAUAUAUAUAUAUAUACACACACACACAUCUUAAGUGUUUCCAUAGAAAUCCCUAGUGUGUCUCUACUGCACACCUAUAAAUACCCAUGUUUGUCUGUACAUGGUGUGGGCACUCAAGCCAUAUAGAUUCACACACAUAAACAGUGUAUUUGUGUGUCCUCUGGGCACACACCCUUGUGUGGGCAUCUCUGUAUGAGUACUGUAUACACACACUUAUUCACCAUGUAUUUUUAAUUCAAGUAAUGGCCAAUAUGAAUAUUAGUUCCACUCUUGCUUUUUCUCUCCAUAUGUUUAGUGAAGAGCAGCAGUGGAGUCGACCUGAAGCAAAUCUGGGGCUCCUCUGCUUGCUGGGAGCAGCACUGGAUUUCCCUCCCUGCUUCAGAAAAUUCCAAAAAUUCUCUUCCUCUCCAAUUUGGUGCCUCAAGCACAGAGACUGUAGGGAAUCCACUCCUUUUCUUUCUGUAUGUUUUAGCUGCUGCCCUAAAUUGCCUCAGCCUGUUAAGCAGGGCUGGUCUGUUUGCACAGUGCCUGCCCAGAGCCUGGCUGGGCUUUCCAGAGGGGUUCCAGCUCCUGCAGGCACAGAGCACUGCCUGCCUUCCCCUGGCAAGGCAGGAGCUCCUCCAGGUCUCCUGCAGCCAGGGCUCUGGGCUGGCCUGGGCUGGGCAGCAGCACUCCCUCUGAGCUGCUCCCUGGUGCCCUUCCCCAGCACCUCUGCCAGACCUGGGGCAGGUGCAAGAUUUGAUUUCCUGGUGGAUUUGUCUGCAGUGGCAGCCCAUGGCUGGUGCAGGGCUCUGGUAGUUGUUGGGGAAUUCACAUGUGUUGGCCUGUCAGGAGGUGAAAUCAGUGGCUAAUUUUUAAAUGGAAGUGUUGGAGGGUUAAAAGCAGAAGAGGCUGCUUGAACCCAGUCACUGGAAGUGUGUGGUCUUUGCAUCUCACCACUGGAGAUUUCUGCUGACCAGGAGUGCAGUUAGGUCCAUGGGGGUAACAUCCUGCUCUCCUGUUUCAGGAAAGGGGGGUGGGGGCUGAGGGGUGCUGCCUUGCCACUGACCUUUGGGCACUUGGAAGCUGCUCAUUUUUCAGGCUGUUCCCCCAAAUACACCCUUGCACAGGUUUGUGCAGCCUUUGGUUUCUUUCCAGGCAUUGUUUGGAGUUUCUGCAAUGCUGUGCUUUAGUUGGCAUGUGUCAGCCUCUCACGUGGGGAGGCUUUAAUGGCAAUAUGUGGCACCUGCAGUGGGUGACAUAAGUAGUAAGACUCACCCAAUGACAAUGCCAUUUAUAAAGCAUACUCAUCAUGCUGCUGCUCUGAAAUGUGUUUUAAAGUCCAAGUUCUCUGUUACCAUUCCCAGGGCACAGGCUGCUGGUCAGAGAUGAGUCAAUCUCCUCUCUCACCAAGAGCUUGUUGGUGUCAGGUCCUGCUUUGGGCUAGCACGUGACACUGAGCAGGGAUUUACUUUUUAAGAUGUGCCAUGCAGAUUUGGGUGUGGGGACUUCUAGGUUCUGCUGGGAGGUCCUGAUGGCUUCAGCCAAUCAAAGCAUCCACCAGAAGUGUAUCAGGUUUAAUUUUUCUGAAGCAUGAUGUUUUGUCCUGCCAGAGAGAGAGGAAAUAAGGCAGUGCAGCAUAAGGGAGUUUGUGGCAGAGGAGGUUACUCAGGCUCCAGCCUGAGCAUCCAGUUAUUUCCCUGGUGCUCUUGAUGCUUUAAGGAAUGUCCAGACCCUGAGAGAGGCAAGGCAGGGAGCAGCUCUGCUCAGAGCUCUGCCACAGCAUCUCUUGCAGGAUUUGCUGCCUUCAGGCAUGAGCUCCUGACACAUCUCCCACUGGCUGCCCCACAAGUCUCUCAGUGUGUCUGUGAGUUGAGGGUUUGGUGGUUGACUCUGACAUCCUGGGAAGGUUGGGAAGCUGUCUGGGACAUAAAAGGCUGAAUUGCACGUGCUCGAUCAGAGCCUGCCUCUGAGAAGAGAUUUUCUGUCUUUUCUCAGCCUUGCUAUACAAAGCUUGAAUUCUUCUUCUUACAGAGGGGCCCCAUCCCUGGUGGAGAUGGUGUUGCUGUGACUGCCUGGCUGCAGAAGGGCCAGGGCUUCAGGCCAUGCUGACCUGCAGCAGCCACGGGGUCAGCCCAGGCUCCUCUGUUCCAGAAGGCAUCUAGGUCUGACUUGGCAUUCUCCCACACAUCCAUUCUGUGGCAGAGGACUGCAGAGAUCCCUCCUAGUGACAGGCAUGGGAAAGGCAGGGGAAGAACAGGGAUAGGUGGAGUGCUGCAAAAUAAUUAAUAUGUUCAUUUUUAGCUGUGCACAUUUGAAGAUACUGGAGUUCUGCUUGUUGUUGUGAACACCAAAGCAUUUUCUUUCUCCUUUUUGACUGAAACAGAUCACUCCACCCUGCCCAGCCUCCAUGCUCAGCCCAGUAUCCCAGAGGAUGCUUUUGUCCCAGUCACACCAUCCCAGCAAGGGUGGGCAGCAUGACCCCUCUAAGCCCCCAGUACUUGGGGGGGCUCUGUCCAUUGGGGAAGGCUCCCAAGCACCACUGUGUGUUUUGAGGUAAUGAUGGAACCCAGAGGAGUUCCUCCCAUCCUUGUGGUUUUCCCCAUCCAUACACCCACACAACUGUUCAAGAGCACCAGGUCAUCCAAACUCCUUAAUUUAGAGGUCAGCAAAGUCAAUAGGAGGUGCUGGGUCCUGCUUUGGUUCAGUCACUGUUCACUGAGCACAAGUGUUCCUCUCAGCACUGGAUAAUUGGUAUUUUCUGUUAAUGCAGAGGGAGAAAUUCUUUGUUUGGCCUCAGGCUGAGCAUUGCUGCUAAUUCCUGAAAGAAGGUGUCCCCCAGCAGCAUUCUGUUAAGGACAAGAAGUCAUUUUCUGAUGAGGAUUUCUUCUCUCUCUGUUACUUUGACUCUUGUGGACACCUCCAGUAAGCAGAUUAAGGCAUCUCACUUACCUGUUCCAGUCCUGCCUGCAAACACUGGAUUGGAUUAAACUUUUAUUAUCUGCAGGAGAGUAAAACCCAGUAAUCCUUUGCCAAUAGUAUUUACACACUGUAGCAUGCUCUGGGGUGUAUUUACAUUGGCUGAAAUGUGCAAACCUGCCUCCAGAUUUCCAAACCUUCUCCCCAUGAGUGCAUCUGUCUGUCUGUCUGUCUGUCUGUCUGCACCCUGCCAUGUGUCAGGGGCCAGCAAUAUCCCUCAGGCAUCCUGGCAGCACUGAACUGGUGUGGAAACAGUCUGCACACCCUCAGCAAGGCUGUGGGACCUUCCCAGGCUCCCUGGAAGGGAAAGCUUGACUGUGAAGAUAAUUUUGAGUUACUCUGCUGUCCUUGGCCUCCUUUAUUUAAUCCUUAUGAAGCACAGCUGGGUUGGACUACCAGCCCCAGUUAGCAAAGGUGAAGGGAAGAAAGGGGUUCUGCAGUGUGAGCGUGCCCUGGAUGCUGAUCAGCAGAUCCUGGCUGCAGCAGUAACAGCCUCUGCAGAUGCUCUGCUGAGCACAGAGCAGUGCACAGCCCCUGUUAUAAGAAGGGGAAAUGGAUGAAGUGUGUGUCAAAGCACAUUCUCAUUUUAGGGUAAGAAUUUUAGGUUCAGUACCUCUUUGGAACAUAUAUAAGCCAAGAUCCUUUCUUGGUCUCUCUGGACAGCACUGGUCAUUUCAGGUUCAAAGCCUGGGAAUGAAUUAACAAAUAACCUCAUUAUUGCAGCUUACAUGGAAUAGCAUGACCUGUGCUUCUGCAUGCUCUGAGUUUGCAGAGGGCCUGGCCACAAGGAGCACAAACCCCUGGCACCUCCUCCCAGCUGAGAGUGCCCACGUUUUGUGGCCAAGGUGAAGGCAGUGGCAGAGGGAUGGCAGCUCCUCCCCUGCCUGCACAGCUCCAGUAUGGCCACAGCCAGCCCAGAGCAGUCCCAGCUGUGUGGAGCAGGACAGUUGCAAAACAGCUGUUUAGUGCCCUGGGCUCCCUUGGGGUUUUGUUUUCAUCCAUUUUUAGCGUUCUGCAAAUAUCUGUAAAUGAACUGUGGGUGGAUUAUGGAGCAGACAUGGACAGGGAUGCUCAUCAGGCAUCACUGAAAUUUUGAAAUAUGUUUGAGAGCAGAGCAGGGGCAUGACCCUGUCCUCUGCCUGUACCAUAGGAGAGCUGACCAGGUGCCAUGUCCCUCUCUAGGCAGACCCAGUGGUUUUACCAGGGUCCUCCCAACCUAAAAGAUUAUGCCAAAACCAGGGCUCCUUUCAGCCUUCAUUUUUCAGGGGUUGGUUGCUUCUUCCCUGCUUGUGUGGCUGUGGCAGAGGCAGUGUCUGUUGCACAGCUCCCAUGGGAAGAUGCCAUAGGAAGCAGUUUAGAGUCCCCCUGCUCUGGCUGGCUUUCUGCUUCUGUUUCAGCAUCCUGAGGAUUUAAAUCAGCUUUCUGUAAUUACAGGAAUAAGCUUGUGGAGUCCUACUUGCUUGUUUGUUACUUGAGAAACAUUUUACAGGUACCUGAUUCCCUGGUCCUUGUGGGAAUGCUGCUUGAAGCACAAAAUGCCAGGUUGGCUGCUGUGAGCAUUACUGCUCCUUUGGGCCCCAAAAGAGGAGUUCAGCCCCAUUUCCAGCUGAAAGGCUGAAGCAGCCCCAGGCUCAGGCUAGUAGGAUGCUGCUCUGGGCCAGGUCACAGGGGAGAGAGCCCCAGUAAACAGAGCUCCCUCAUCCUCUGAGUCCCGGCUACCUGCACAGAGCCAUUGCCAUCAGCUGGAAGGGAAUGUAAAGGGAAUCCCUUCUGCUGAAGGAAAGCAGCAGUCUUCUCUGUGGAUUUGUGGUCAGUGGCAAAAGCAGAAGUGUUUGCCAUGUGGGCCAUUGAAAGAAGGAGCCAGGGGUUCCUAUAUGUAGAGCAAAGGAGAAAAAAAAAAAGCCUUUCUUGCAGCUGUUUCUUGCAAUUACUUUUAAUAAUUCCAGCCUUGGAUGGGGUUGAAUCUUUGAGAUCACUGAAAUUACCUGAAGAGCUGGUGGUGCUCUUACAACUGUGGGACAUUGCUUCGAGGCAGGGCCAACCUGCACAGAGAGCAGGACCCUUCCCACCAGGGCUCAGCCCUGGGGCAUGGGCUGUUCCCCUACAGCAGGACAGACAGACAGGCUACUGAACCAGGGCUGCUCUUAAAGAAAUCCCCGAGUUUUAACAUUUCCUUCCUGGGAGCAAACCUCUGUUUUUCCUGGUGCUGUGUGUCAGUCAGGAGGUUCAGAGUAUGAAGGAGGUGGCUCUGCAGGAGGAGCACCCCAUUUCUCCUUCACCCAUUAGGAACUGUCUGGUCCAGCUCAAUGACCUCAGCCAUUUUUUUAGUUGUAUCAUGGAAUUAAACAUGAAUCAUGUCCUUAUUCUCCCCCAAACCCCACCUACCCAGAUCCCUGCCAGCCCCACGUGCCAGUGCUUCCUUCCUUCAGGUCUUUAUUUGUUCUCCAAUUGCAAACUGCUCCAGUGACACCAUGGCACAAAAUCAGCAUCCCAGGGCAGUCUCUUCUGGGUUCUUCUGGUUGUGCUGGAUCCAGGGCUGCCCUCACCUCUCACCCAAAAUCCUCCUGCAACUGCUGCUAAAAAUAAUCCUGUCAAUCAAAUGGCUGUUGAUAAGUGUGAGAAGUGGAUCCAAGUGCCCAGGUUAAUGCCUGGAGAUGCACAGGGUGGUGCCUCUUUCCAGCCCAGGACUAUGCUGGCACAGCCAGCAGGGUUGUGUCCCCUGUCCCUGCUGGCUGUGGCUGGGCAUUGUUAUCCCUCCCCUGUGUUGUGGGCUCCAGGCUUGACUUUGGGGCUUGUGGGACAUGAAGCUGAGGAGCAGGGUGUUCAUUUUAGCACAGUGGCAGUCACGUUUCCUGCCAGUGCAUCCUCCUCCACACUGCCUCUGCAGCAGCUGGGGGUGGCAGUGACAGAGGGGACACUUCUCCUGCUGACCCAAGCACCAGGACAACCGUGGCUCUUGGAGAGGCAGAAGAGGAGGAUGCCAGGCAGUAACUCACAGGAGGAUGCAGCUUCAGAAGCUCUGUUCCUGCCUGUGGAAGAGCCUGUCUCAUUCCCUUACUGUUAACUCCUUACAUAACCCAUUCCCCCCUUGUUUCCAUUAGAAUUAAAAGGUGGGUGAUCACCUCAAUUUGCUUGAUGUGUUCACCUGGUCCCACCACCCAGGCAUGCCAGCAGCUCCUCCUGCUGCUGGGAUCUGGGUCUUGGUGCCCCAGUGCCCAGGGAACACCUGCAGCUCCCUUGCAGUGAGCCUGGCACUGCCUGGUUGGCUCCUGCUGGUUGGGCAGCCAAAGGGUGAGUUCAGAGGGAGCACUGCACACAGGCAGGAGGAGCCUCAUUUCCUCCUCUGUGCUCAGGGCAGAAUUUUAGUUUGGUUCCUCUGGGCUAAGCUUCAGCAAGCCACCAACCCUGCAGGGGCACACAGGGGAGGGCCACAGCCUCACUGCCCUGCUCCAGUUCAGGGCUGCUUAUGAGGGGCUGGCACAGCACCACUUUAUUAGUGCCUCAAGUGGCUUGAACAAGUCUGAGCAUUUUACCACUUUCUCCCCUUUGUAUGGACUCCAAAGGAGCCCAGAUUCCCUCCAGAUACCUACACAACACUAACCCCAAUUUCUGGAACUGCCAAGAGAGCAGAGAUGCUCCUGGUGCAGAAGCUGCCCAGCUUGGAUCAAGGUCUGUCUCUCAUCCCUGGCCACUUAGAACAGCUGUGCUGGCCAGCCUGGGGAGGAAACUCAAAUCUUUAGGACUUUUUUAUUUAAUAAGUUAUUUAUGUAUCAUUUGCUCUCUAAGUGAAAUAGCACUUUUGGCCUCAGACACACACCAAACAGGCUGAGGUAGGGCUGGGAACCCCAAACUCUUGCAGCCUCUCCUUCCUGCUCACCUCUCAGAAACCCCAUGCAGCCUUUCACUGCAGAGGGUAGGAAAAAAUCUGUAUUUAAUUUCCCUUUAAUUACCAGAUCUGAUGUAAGCAGACAGGGUGGGGGAAUCCUGCCUGUGCAGGGGCCUUUGGUACAGCUCCUGCUCUGGGCUGCAGCCAUGAAAGGCUGCUUGCAGUGCCCUGGGAGCAGUGCCCGUGGGCUCAGUGGGGCCAGGCCCUGCACGUGGGGGUGGGCAGUUCCUGCAAGCCUGGGGGUCCAAGGCACAGGGGAGCCUGAAUGCAGCAGUUGCCUUCAUGCCCUCUGCACAAGGGGGGAUGUUCUACCAGGCACAGGGAGUGGGGGCAGCAGCUUGGGAUCAUGCACUGGACGUUGGAGCUGAGAAGUGGCUGCUUUGCUUUCCCAGCAAGUGCACAUGCUGCUUUUCUUUGCUGGUCUUAUGCUGAAAAGCUGAGAUUUAUGUACUGUAUGAAAAAGACAAAGCAGAAAAAAAGAAAAAAUCCUAAUGUUCCAAAAUAAAUGACAGUAUAUUUUGUAUUUUGUAAAGUAAUUAAAUUGAAAAAGAAUAAAAAGUGAAACUGAUGCUGUCUGCUUUUGUACUGAUCAAACUGAUGAAAAUAAAGCAGAGCUUGGCAUUGUC